CAGCCUACGAGAGAAACGUGGUUGUGUCGUUUUUAGCCGACGGUGGCGCUUUUGUUGUCCGUGAAAAAGUGUGUGCAUGUGUGUUGCUAUUUUCUCGACUUAGUCGAAGAUAAUUUGUUUCAAAAGGUCAACUGUAUCUUUAUUCAAAAUGGCGGCUAUGGGGCUUCCCUUGAACCCUAAGCCCUUUCUUAAUGGGCUGACGGGUAAACCAGUCAUGGUGAAGCUGAAGUGGGGUAUGGAAUACAAAGGCUACUUGGUUUCUGUGGACGGCUACAUGAACCUACAGCUUGCAAACACAGAGGAGUACAUUGACAGUAUAUUUCAGGGAAACCUUGGGGAAGUUCUAAUCAGAUGUAAUAACGUGAUGUAUGUAAGAGGCGUUGAAGAAGAAGAAGAAGAUGGAGAGAUGAGAGAGUGAUGGCUUCUUGAUCAGAGGCAGAUGGUUUGGACCUUUCGGAUAACCACCUGAACCAAGCACAGUUUUCAUCCAGUCUAUGUUGGUGGUGCUGACAAAACUUUUGCCUGCUGAAACUGACAUUCCUUAUGUGACAACUUGCAGAAGAACAUUAUUGCAAGCUUGUGUAAAUAUUAAUUGACCCCUUUAAAGAAAAUUUUGUUUUGUAAACUGAGUUAGGAAAUAGAAGUUUUUGUUUUUGUAGACAUUGAGUUGAGGUUUCUAAGCAGAGUGAAGGUAGUUGUGCGUAUUUGCGCCGGAUGGUCCAGUUUUAAACUGUUUGGAUUGUCCAAGGUCCCUAGAGAAAUCUCAAAUUUGACAUCCUUUAUGGACCUAUAAACAUUAUUUUCCUUUCAUAUGAGGUGAAUUUGGUAAAAUUUCUCAACCAUGCUAACAUUAAGCAAUGGACCCUUGUUAAAAUGCUGUGGUGUGAAAAGAGCUUCAAUGUGCUUCAUGCAUAACUAUUAGUUAUUGACAAGCAUGUAGCUAAACUGAGUUUUCACUUCAUUGUUACAUGUAAGUAAACAAUAAGUAAACAAUGUGAGUUUACAUGGAAAGUCUGCUGCCACCUAGCGUUCCAAAGUCUCCCAUUGCAAUAUGUUUACUGCAUCAUCGAGAUUCCAUGUAGUGAAACACAGACCAAACAUCAGUGAUUUAACUGACAAUUUUACUAAAGUUUAGAACUCAAACUUAGUGCUUCAUGACUUAUGUGGUAGUAUUACUUUCUUGCUCUGAUCAAAAGUCCAGUAUUGUACAAAGGACCUUGCUGGCUUACUUAAAAACACUUUUAUUUAUCCAUGACAUUUGCACAAUAAUUCCUCCUGCCUUUUUUAUUUGUAAAGGAAGAUCGUGCCUUUUGAGUUCAUUAUGGGAUUAGGUUUGAGAGUAAGGCCAAAAAGAAAGAGGCUUAUUGGAUUAGAAAUACCCUCUUUAAUAGUUAUUUCAAAAAACCGAGUCACUGCAGUCUCGGUUCAUUAAUCAUUGUCAACAAAGGAAUAUGAAUGUAUUGUUGGUCUUUACUAAGUCAAGCUAAGAUGCUAUUGAUGUCAGUCAGUACUUGUUAAGACUCAAAACAAAAUUGUGGUUUCAUAUGGUUUUUAAUAAACAUUGAAGAUUAAGUCA